AUGGCAAAGGCUAGGGCCCUCAUCGGCAGACUGAUAUGCUUCAGGUCAGGCAAUACCAGGCCAAGGAUUGUGCGCACCGUCAGGAUGGCGUUUGCUGGGACAAAUGUUAGUUUGUCCCAGCCGGAUAUAAUGCAAAAACUGACGGAGCGCAUAGACGACCUGAAGCAAAGAAUAGCUGCUUGGGGAAAGCGGAUUCGGCGAUAUACCGAGAGGUCGACACGGUUCAACCAGAAUCGUCUCUUCCAGAGUGAUCAGAAGAGGCUCUAUAAAUCAUUGGAGCGACCAAUAGUAAGUGGAACAGGCCCUGCACCAAAUCAGGCCGACACGGUCGCAUUCUGGCGCAGCCUGUGGUCAGCGCCCGUAAACCACAACGAGGGCCCUUGUACGGAAGUUGUGGCGAGUCAGUGUGCGGGUAUUACGCCCAUGGACUCCGUCAUCAUAACGCCGAAUGACGUAGCUGAGGCGGUCCGUAGGGCCCGGAACUAG